UAUGGAUGAGUCAAUGUUUAAAUCUUAAUUUCUUUCCCUAAACUAGUCUGCCCACUUUUAUCUUUGAUCUCAAGUGAGUACUGACAUUUUCUGCCUGGAUUGCGUAAGAGUCUUGAUUGGCAAUUGUCCUGUCCAACAGAGAAGCUUCUUCACUGUAGCCUAAUAAGUGAAACUUUCCAUUCCUUUCCCACGGAUCUCCAUCAGUUAGAACAGUGCGAUGAUGAAUUCAGAGCUCCGCGAUGGCAGAUCUGAUGGCCUCAUAUGUCGGACAAUUUGCAAGAAGAAGAUUUGCCUUGGUAUAUGCUUCCCGAUUUUUAUAUUGUGCAUUUCUGCAAUAGUCAUAUGCUCAAAACGUGCUAAACCUGUGGCAUGUUCAGAGGACUGGCUUGGAGUAAGAGAUAAGUGUUUCUAUUUUUCUGAUGAUACCAGAAAUUGGACAGCCAGUAAAAUGUUUUGCAGUUUACAGAAAUCAGAACUUGCUCAGAUUGAUACACAAAAAGAUAUGGAAUUUUUGAAGAGGUUCGCAGGAACGGGCACAUACUGGAUUGGACUAAGCAGGAAACCAGAAGAUUCUUGGAAAUGGACAAAUGGCACCACAUUCAGUAAUUGGUUUGAAAUUACAGGGAAUGGAUCCUAUGCUUUCCUGAGUGCUGAUGGAGUCCAUAGUUCCAGAGGACUUAUUGAUAUCAAAUGGAUUUGCAGCAGACAUAAAUAGUUUUAUUUUAUUUUAAUUUUUAUUUCAGUGAAAGUUGUUUUUCUAAUUUUUUUUUAAACUUUUGGUUCUGAGGUACAUGUGCAGAUCAUGCAGGAUUGUUGCAUAGGUACAUUCAUGGCAAUGUGGUUUGCUGCCUCCAUCCCUUGCUACCCAUAUCUGGCAUUUCUCCCCAUGUUAUCCCUCCCCAACCUCCCCACCAUCCCCCCCAUCAAAAAAGCUUGAAAAUAACUAUCACACUUCUCAGAUAAAAAGAAAAGCUACUAGAGGGAUUGUUGGCAAGCUAGCCAAACAGGAAAAGCUCCAGUGGGCAGCUCACAGUGAGAGCACUGCAGAAGGUAGGUGAUUGCCGCAUUUGCAACUGAGGUGCCUGAUUCAUUUCAUUGGCACUGGUGAGACAGUGAGUACAGCCCAAGGAGGGUGAUCUCAGCCAGGGUGGGGCAUCCCCUCACCUGGGAAGUGCAGUGGGUUGGGGAACUCCCUCUUCUAACCAAGGGGAGCCAUUAAGGACUGUCCCCUGCACUCCAGCCCAGAUACUGCACUUUCCCCAUGGUUUCACAGCCUGCACACCAGGAGAUUCCCUCCAGUGCCUACAACACCAGGACCCUCGGUUUCCAGCACAAAACUGGGCAGCCAUUUGGGAAGACAUCAAGCUAGUCACACCGGUUUUUUUUUCCAUACCCCAGUGGCACCUGGAACACUAGUGAGACAGAACUGUUCACUCCCCUGGAAAGGGGGCUGAAGCCAGGGAGCCAAGUGAUCUGGCUCAGCAGGUCCCACCCCCACAAAGACCAGCAAGCUAAGAUCCACUGGCUUGAAAUUCUCACAGCCAGCACAGCAGUCUGAGCUGGACCUAGGACAUUUGAGCUCAGUGGGAGGAGGGGCAUCUGCUAUUGCUGAUGCUUGAGUAGGUGGUUUUAACCUCACCUGUUUAAAGAAAGUUGCUGAGAAGUUCAAACUAGAUGGAGCCCACAGCAGCUCAGCAAGGCCUCUGAAGGCAGGCUGUGCCACUAGACUCCCUCCUCAUGAGGCAGAGCAUCUCUGAAAAAAGGCAGCAGCCUGUCAGGGAUCUAUAAAUAAAGCCCCCACCUUCCUGGGACAGAGCACAUGGGAAAACGGAUGAUUGUGGGUACAGCUUCAGCAGACUUAAACAUUCUUGCCUGGCAGCUCUGAAGAGAGCAGUAGAUCUCCCAGCACAGUGUUUGAACUCUGAUAAUGGACAGACUUCUUUCUCAAGUGGCUCCAUGACUCCCAUGGAUACUGACUGUGAGAUACCUCCCAGCAGGGGCCAACAGAUGCCUAAUACAGAGAGCUCUGGCUGACAUCUUGGGGAUGCCCUUCUGGGAUGAAGCUACCAGAGGAAGGAACAGGCAGUGAUCUUUGCUCUUCUGCAGCCCCCUGCUGGUAAUUCCCAGGCAAGCAGAGUCUGGAGUUGACCAGACCCAGCAAACUCCAGCAGACCUGUAGCAGAGGGGCCUGACUGUUAGACGGAAAACUAAGGAACAGAAAUGGUUUCAACAUCAACAGAAGGAAUGUCUACUCAGAGACCCCAUUCAAAGAUCACCAACUUCAGAGACCAAAGGUGGAUAAAUCCACGAAGAUGGGAAGAAAUCAGUGCAAAAAGGCUGAAAAUUCCAAAACCCAGAAUACCUCUUCUCCUCCAAGGGAUCACAACUCCUUGCCAGCAAGGGAACAAAACUGGACAGAGAAUGAGUUUGACAAAUUAACAGAAGCAGGCUUCAGAAGGUGGGUAAUAACAAAUUUCUCCAAUGUAAAGAAGAACAUAAACCACCUGAUGGAGCUGAAAAACACAGCACGAGAACUUCAUGAAGCAUAUACAGGUUUCAAUCAGUCAAGCAGAAGAAAGGAUAUCAGAGAUUGAGAUCAACUCAAUGAAAUAAAGCUAGAAGACACAUUAGAGAAAAAAGAGUGAAAAGAAAUGAACAGAGUCUCCAAGAAAUAUGGGAUUAUGUGAAAAGACCAGAUCUACGUUUGAUUGGUGUACCCGAAAGUGACCGGGAGAAUGAAACCAAGCUGGAAAACACUCUUCAGGAUAUUAUCCAGGAGAUCU